AUGCCUGAAAUGUGGCUUCAGGUUUUGGCACUGAUUGCUUUCAUCUGCAUAGAGACCAUCAUGGAAUGCUCCCCUUGCGAAGGCCUUUAUUUCUUCGAGUUUGUGAGCUGUAGUGCAUUGGUGGUUACUGGAGUUCUGUUGCUUAUGUUCAGUCUAAAUCUUCACACAAGAAUACCGCAGAUCAACUGGAAUCUUACUGAUCUGGUCAACACUGGACUCAGCACUUUCUUCUUUUUCAUUGCCUCUGUAGUACUUGCUGCUUUAAACCAUAAAACUGGAGCAGAAAUUGCUGCUGUGAUAUUUGGUUUCUUGGCAAUGGCAGUGUAUGCUGUGAACACAUAUUUAGCUAUUAAAAAGUGGCGAAUGAACAGCAGACAACAAAGUAGUCGGCAGACCAGUGAUUACAUACGUGCUCGGACAGAAUCCAGAGAAGUAGAUCAUCGCCCUGAGAUUCAGCGUCUGGAUGCAUGAAAGCAACAUUCAAAUGGGACUGCAAAGGGAAAAGAAGUGCUUAACUCCCUCAUGGAAUAAAGGGUUUUUUCUUUAUUUAAGGAAGAAAAGGAAGAUCAGACGGUGGCAAAGAAUGCCCAGCCCUACAUAUGUGCAGAGAUGCAUUGAGUCAGCUGUUGUCAUGAAGGCAGUAAAUAUUGGUCAUUCAAAAGCAAGAUCCAUUUAAGACGUCCACAUAUAUAUACAUAUAUUAUAUAUCUUAUAUAAUAUAUAAUAUAUAUGUUUUGCAGUAUGUUACUGUUUUGGAUUAGCUGCACAGUACUUUCUUUCCCUCUCCCAAGUGCAAGCUCUGAAUAUACGUGUUCUGCCACUGUUUCUUCGUCUAUCGUAAACACUAAGACCAGCACUACAUUGCUUGGUUAAUGUAAGAAAGAAAUCCACCAAAAGUAAAUUUAAUACACGCAAAAAGGAAGUGAGGGGCAAAUAGCAAUAACUUUAGCCAUGUAUCGUGUCCAACAAACUCUCUGUAUCCAUCCUUAUGCGGCCUCAGCCGUGCAGCUCAAUUCUCAUCCGCAAGAUCUCCUGCAGUUUUACUGUUAGUGCACUGACAUAGGUGAAAUGAACAGCUGUUUCGCAUUUUUUGGUUGAUGGAUAUAGUGUUGAGAUAGUUACCCUAUGGGUGACUCUGAAAUUGCCAUAUUCAGUUCAUGCAUGGCCUUGGCCAGAUCUGAACUUGUGCAAAAUUAGCAUGUUUACUGAAUGGUCACCAUAAUGCAUCAAGUGCAAGUAUGUGGUUUUCUGCUAAUGUUGGGAUACGUUCUUUUUUUCAUUCCGAAAUGGGAAAAGAAACGUGCUUGGGAGGCAGGGUGGAGAAAAGGGGGUUGAGGGGCACAGUAGAGA